AUGACACCACGGUUGCUUUCUUUUCAAUGCCAAUUUCCAGGCUGUCGCUUGAGCUACCGCCGCAAAGAACACCUGACGCGACAUGCGAAGAAGCAUCUUCCCCCACAGUCUUUUAAAUGUCCCUUUUGUGAUCGGACUUUUUCUAGGAACGAUACUCUUCGACAGCAUGCUCGCAUUCAUCACAAGCAUGAAGAACUGCAGUCCUCUCGGGCAAUUCGAGCCUGUACGUCCUGUCGCUCACGACGGUCGAAAUGCUCCGGACAAGACCCGUGUGAUACAUGCAACCAACGAGGAAAGAAAUGUGUUUAUUCAAACCACCCCACUAGCCGUGAUCACCAUGCAAAACCCAUGUCAUCAUUAGAUGAGGGCUCCUUAUCUUCCCUUCGUCAGAACAGCAUUAGCUCUCUCCCACGUUCGGAAAUAAUCGAAAACAGUCCGAUUAGAGGUCUGCAAUAUAUCGAGAUCUACUUUGAUAAAUUUCAUCCUUGUUGGCCAUUCUUGCACCCUGCAACAUUUGACUCUAAUCGUGAACCGGCCUUUCUCCUUCAGUCUGUUAUUAUGAUGGGUAUGUGGGUGACAGGGAUAAAGGAUAACCAAGACGUCGCCAAAUUAUUGCAUGAAAAGCUGUCCUGCUCGAUAUACGAACAGAGAGAUAAAUGGGACAUAUCGUGUCAGCAAACUAUGCUACACCAGGAACUUUUGUUUGCAGAGCCUACGUCUUGGCCAAUCGCAACGUAUCAAGGCAUUCUGUUACAUCUGAUCUUCUCCGUUCUCACUCAACGCGAGCUAGAUCUGCAUUUAACUCAGCCUCUUCCAGAGGUGCCGUCGCAACUCCUUGUUACUCUUGUCAGCAACUGUCUCCGACGAAAAAUGUUUUUCUACCCUUCAAUACUUGGCCAGUUCAAGUCAGAACUGCACCCGAUUGUUCUUAUUUGGCUUGGCAUUGAAGAAAUAAAACGCUUUGCUUUAUCGCUAUAUAAAGUGUGCCAAAGCGCUCGAGUAUAUGAUACCAAGCUCCUUGAGCAGAGGUCACCCUUGAACUCUGCACAUCAACCCCCAACAAAGAGGACUAAGCUUCUCUCCCUCGCUGACUUACAGUUCGCAUUGCCAGACAGUGAUGAUCUAUGGAAUGCUACCUCGAAUCUGGCCACGAGUGUUGCAGAAAAUUCAGCUGCAUAUGAGAUGGCAAAUAUUGAAGACAAUUGGAUCUCCCAGGCCACGCACCUGUUGCAGCCUCAACAUAUGCAGUUUCGGUGGAUCUGUUGA